CAAUGCUCAGUGAAACUCUUGAGUAAGUAUCUGUCUUCUGCACUUUUGCAAUGCACAGAAGCCAAAAAACAUUGCUGGUAUUUUGAAGGACUCUACCCGACAUAUUAUAUAUGCCGCUCCUAUGAGGACUGCUGUGGCUCCCGGUGCUGUGUGCGGGCCCUCUCCAUACAGAGGCUGUGGUACUUCUGGUUCCUCCUGAUGAUGGGCGUGCUCUUCUGCUGCGGAGCUGGCUUCUUCAUCCGGAGACGCAUGUACCCCCCGCCGCUGAUUGAGGAGCCUGCCUUCAACGUGUCCUACACCAGGCAGCCCCCGAACCCUGGCCCAGGAGUCCAGCAGCCAGGGCCGCCAUAUUACACUGACCCAGGAGGACUGGGGAUGAACCCUGUUGGGAACUCCAUGGCAAUGGCUUUUCAGGUCCCACCCAACUCACCGCAGGGGAGCACAGCCUGCCCACCCCCUCCUGCCUACUGCAACACGCCCCCGCCCCCGUAUGAACAGGUGGUGAAGGCCAAGUAGCGGGGCACCGCCAGCGUGCAGGAAAGAUCAGAGAGGGCCUUUUGCCGGCCUCUCCUGUCCCCGUCGAUGUUCGCUUCUGAGAAUGUUCUAAUGAGCCACUGGGGCAGACUCCUCUUUGGUAUCUUCAAAGCAAGCACAGCUUCCUUCCAGGCUUUCCAUGGAGGACAGUAUUUGAAUUUGCACUGUGUUUCCUUUGUUGCUUCUGUUUCUGACGUCAUCUGUGCUCUCAAGUGGCAGAGUGUAGUGACAGUCACCGAGGGCUGACUUCCUAGGGUGGCAUGCCCAGAUCCACAGGAGAGAGACUGAGAGCAGAAGGGCAGUGCCAGGGGUGCUGGCGACGUGUGGAGGGGCCAGGCUGAGGCAGUCCGGGCAAUCGUCCUUCCACCAGAUGGAAAGCCCCACACAUAGCAGGCAGCACAGCCAAUGAAGCAGCAGCUGGCGGGUCAGCUGUUCCAGCCCAUCUUCCCAUCAGUCAUAUCUCUAAGAAGCUGUUGGAGAAACAUUCAGGAGAUAGUAGGCCUCUUGGCACUUUGCUGUCUCCAUUCACGUCCAGAAGAUGAGCUUCCCCUGCACCCCCAAGGAAUAGCGGACUAAGCACAGCUCCACGGCAGGGCGGAGGUCCAGUCUCAGACCAGCAUCGGAUGGCUACAGUCAUUUGAAGAUCACCAAGGAAUGUUACUUAAAUUCAUAGAAAUCGCUCCCUGCCCCAAACUGGAACGUUGCAUUUUAUGAGGUCUUAAUCUGACUUGGAAAAAAUAAAAGUCGCCUCCUUUUUCAUUGCAUUUAUGGAAGUGUGUGUAUUGCUUCCAGUCCUUUGAGAUCAGACUGGGAAUGUUUCUUCCUUGGACAUCACUGCCUCUCCAGAGUGGCCUCACGCUAGAGGACUCCUGUACCCUUCUCCAGGGCAGCUGUGGUGGGAGGUAUUGAUGGACACCUUUCAGAACAGAGGACUGAGAAGUCACAUCAACCCUUGGAGGAAGAGAUACCAGCUGAGGUGUCCAUCAGGGCGCAACUGCCAUUCUGAGCCCAGGACCAGUGGUGGUUGUGUUUGAUUUGAGCAGAUGUGUGUUGGGCUCUGAAAAGGAGGAACUUGCUGAAAAAAAGGCAGAAAGGUGCUAACCGGACUGCGCUGACCGUGUAAUCAAAAUCAGAAUAAAGAAGAUGUGGUUGGAAAUGCAAAUAAGAAUCACAUCUCACCCCAGGAUUGCCGGAGUAGUUGACAGCAAGGAGUUCUGUUCUGCUGCAUAGUUCACAGUGCUGAUGUGUAUUUAAACCCAGAUUGAGGUCUGAUGUGUUGUGUCAAGGCAGUGUAGCCAGGAUGCCUAGAUUACUGUAUGGGCAGUAUCACAGGGAAUGGGGUGAGGAGGUGCUUAUUUUUUAAAGGAACUAGUCAGAGCCUCUGAGAAAUUGUUGCUUAUUGAACUGGGGCAUCAAGACAUCUCACUGGGGCGGAUACAGACUGGCUUUUAUUUCCCUGGACCAACAGCCUUGGUGCUCAAACUCUGCUUGGGUAUUUAUAUGAGGCAGGGAGCAAGGAAUAGGGAAGCGGCCGAGGUAGCUGCUUGGAAGCAACUUACUCUAAGGACAAAGGAUCUGAGAACCUCCUGAGGAAUUUUAUGGGAAAUGCUUGGGGACACAGUCAACACCUUCCGAAACAGUUUGUGAACACAGAUGCUGCUGCUGGUAUCUCUGACCACUCUCAUGUGACCUCUGACCUCUCACCCUGAUGGUGGCACCUCUCCACGUUAGGCCUCCAUUAAAUGAGAUGACAAAGCACAACGUUUGCUGUUUACAACCAAGACAACUACAUGGGUCCAAAUGUUCCUCUUCUUCCAGGUCAUUUGUUUUGCAUUUUUAACACCAUUUUCGCCCUUUACUCUUUGUAAUAAAGCACACUAAGAGCUGCCCCUGUUGUUGGGUGAGGGUGCAGUUGAAUAGGCACCCACAUGUCCAUGACAAAAUUUUGUUUAUCUUUUUAUAGCAAAUGCUCUUAAGAGACAGAAUGGUAGGUAGGGCUCAACAAUUUUAUAUUCCCACCUUUGUGUAAGAUAAACUUUGUUUUCCCUUGAAUCUGGUUAGAAUCCUACUACAGCAAACACCGAUAACAUAUACGGAAGUCCUACACGUGAUGACGUUUCCCAGCCAGUCUCGUUUCCUCCUUGCUUUUGGUGGGUGGUACCCACCUCUUAGAGUGAGGCCAGCUCCUGGUGCGUUGAAGUCUGUAGUCUGUGAUUAGGAGUCAACGUGAAACAGAUCUGUGCAUGCUUUUCCCUCUGCAACGUUUGGCUCAUUUCUCUGUUUUGUCCUCUUUUGAUAGGGUCCUCUUUCCUAUGUAUGCAAAAUAAAAGUAAAUUUGGUCAA